AUGAGCAUGGACGCGAUUCUCGAUGGCGGAUAUCUCCCGCACGCCGUCAUUAGGAUCGGUAUUCGUCGGCAGCUGGCCCAGCGGCUCGCCGAGAUCAAGUCCGAGUCGCUGGCGGCGGCCUAUGAGCGCAAGAUGGACUACAUUGAGCGUCUGCGCACCCAGCCCAUUGCCAUUGAGACGGCAACGGCAAAUACGCAGCAUUAUGAGGUCGGCACAGGUGUAUUGGCCGGAAUGCUGGGUCCGAGGAUGAAGUACAGUUCAUGCCUCUACCCAAAGGGUUCAGAAACUCUGGGACAGGCAGAAGUCGAGAUGCUGAAAACGUAUAUCGAAAAGGCUGGCCUGAAAGAUGGCAUGAGCAUUCUAGACCUCGGGUGCGGUUGGGGCUCGGGAGGUCUCUUCUUUGCCGAGAUGCUGCCAAAGUCGCAGGUCACGGCCUUCUCCAACUCCAAGACGCAAAAGGAGUACAUUGACGCAAAGGCAAAGGAAAAGGGUCUGACCAACCUCAGAGUCAUUACUGGCGAUGUGGCCGUCUACGAGUUUGAGCAGGAAAAGGAGAGCUUUGACCGCGUCGUGUCCAUCGAGAUGUUUGAGCACAUGAAGAACUAUGAGCUUCUCAUGGCCAAGGUCGCCAAGGUCCUAAAGCCCGGCGGCAAGCUCUUUGUGCACAUCUUUGCGCACAAGGAUAGCCCGUACGAUUAUGAAGAGGGCUGGAUGACUACGCACUUCUUCACGGGUGGCACCAUGCCUUCUGCCGACUUGCUGCUGUACUUUCAGAAAGAUCUCAAGAUUGAGAAGCAGUGGUGGGUCAAUGGAAACAAUUACUCCAAGACCUGCGAGGAUUGGCUUUCCCUCAUGAUCAAGAAUAAGCAGCAGAUUUGGCCGCACCUGGUCGAAACAUAUGGCGCAGAAAAUGCGAAUACCUGGUACAACCGAUGGCAAAUCUUUUACAUGGCCUGCUCCGAGCUGUUUGCAUAUGAAGGAGGUGACACAUGGGGCGUCGCGCAUUACUUGUUCGAGAAGCCAAAGGCGUGA